GCCUGGGAAAGCCGGGGGCGGGACCAUCCCAACCUCCUCAGCCAAUGACGCCUUCCCCGCGCUCCGCACCAAUAGCAGGCGGCGUUGUGGUUGCCCCGCGGAAGUUAAGCGAGGCGGGCGGGUUACUAUAACGGAGAAGAGGGAUAAGAACAGCUGUGUCAUGUGCGCAGCCCCCAGCCGAGCGGGGAGCGGCAGGUCGAGCGGGGAGCGCUACGUGCGGGUUUUUGAAGCAUGUGAUGAAGAUAAAAAAGGAUAUUUAAGCAGAGAGGACUUUAAGGUCGCUGUAGUGAUGCUAUUUGGUUACAAACCCUCAAAGGUGGAGGUGGAUUCAGUAAUGGCCUCAGUGCAACAAAAAAAUUCAGGUAUAUUACUUGAAGAAUUUUUAAAACUUAUGAGUACAAAGAAGGCUGCACAACUACACCAUAGUGAAAUAAGGCAGAUAUUCACAGCUUUUGACAUGCAAUAUAGAGGAUUUUUGACUUUGGAAGAUUUCAAAAGAGCCUUCAAGUCCAUUGCUCCAAAAUUACCUGAAAGGAUCAUAGUUGAAGCUUUCAGGAAGAUGUGGUUCAAGAGGAAGGCAGAAAUAAACGUCAGAAGACCAUUACGAUUCAUUGAAAAACAAAACAGCGGCAGAAAAAGAAUAUGUGGAGAUUUGUACUGCCAUGGGUGAAGACACUAGCAGGUGCCAACAUCCCCUUGUCAAAGACUGACCACCCACUUGUGAGAGAAUUUCUUGACAGCAGGGUCCGGAAUGGUGGUACAAAUCUUGCUAGGACACAACUGACUGAGACGUACUUACCUGAAGUGUACCUCAAAGAAAAGGAAAACUAAAAACUGAAGCUUAAAGACAAAAAAUCGCUGUUAUCUUUGAAUGUUAUGAUGAUGAGGCAAGAUCAAUUCUGAAUGUACCAUUUGCACCAUUACAACCUGAUUUCAGUGGGCAUAUUAACUUUUUUUUUUUGUGUGUGUGUGUGGAUACAGUGUUUUUAGAUGCUGUUAAUCACUCAACUGUUUCACAGGCUGUAGUCAAAGCAGUAAAUGAGUACCAGAUUGAUUAUGAAAAUGUUGUAGUAAUUGAUACUGACAGUGCUAGUUACGUGAAAAAGACAUUUGAGCCUGAGUUUUCUAAACUAUUUCCAAAUUCUGUUUGGCACAUAUUGUUAAUUUAAUCGGUGAAUCAUUUAGAAAGCCUUUUUAGAUGGUUGAUACAUUUGUAAGGUGCUUCAAAAAUAUGUUCUAUAACUCUGGUAGUAGGAAAGAGAGGUACUUCCAUUUCAUGAACCAGAAAUUACAAGAGGAGUCUCCAGAUGUCAAAGCAUCCAUGCCUCCUAGCAGGGCCGUCCCUAGGUAUAUGCAGCAUACACAGCUGCGUAGGGCACCAGAAAAUUUGGGGCACCAUUCCCCUCGCUGGUCGUGGCUGGAAUCCUCUCUUCUCUGGCCCCUCCCCAAUGCUGGGCUGGUGGACUUCUCCCUGACCCUGUCCCCUCCUUCCUCAGUUGGCCGAGGGCCAGGACAGGAGGAGCGAAACUUCCACAUGAGUCAGGGGUGGGGGUGAGUGAAGGGGGGGACUUAAACACACACACACACACACACACACACACACACACACAGUCUCUCUCACACACAGACUGGCUCUUACACCCACAUACAGUGUGCCUCUCACGAGUCACAGUUCCCCAAUACAGAUUGUGUGUCACACACACACACACACACACACGCACUCUGUCACACAGUCCCAUAACACACAAUCUGUCUUUCUCUCACACACACACACACAGUGACAUGUACCGGCUCUCUCUCUCUGUCACACACAUAGACACACACACUCUGUCACGCGUACACACACACUCUGUUGUUGUUACUCCUUGGUACUUCCUGUCAAAAUGCUCGUGGUGAGCCAGGAGUGGCGAGGGGCUGCAGGAGGGCCAUGGGCUCUGGCAAGAUGCAGCCCCCAUGUGACCGUGCGAAGCCUGCCUUGAACCACUGAUGCAGCAUCUGCUGCAUAUGAAGCACAGUGUGCGUCAGCAAUGGAGGGGGUUCUGGGGGUCUGCGGGUGGGGGUGGUGGCUGUGCCACUUCGACACACUGGGGUCAGUGGACUGCCUUGAGUGGAGCUUAGGGGCACCAGUUUAAUAAUACUGCGUAGGGCCCCAUAAAUCCUAAGGAUGGCCCUGCCUCCUAGCCCAGGUGGAACACGCUGAAACAGCUGGUUCCAUGCUGUCCAGUAUCUAAGAACUUUCAGUUCUACAAAGAAUUCUUUAAUGAAGAGUGCAACAGCAGCUCCCCAGUUUCUGUGCAAACUAUUCAGAAAAUGAAGAAUGACCCAACUAAUUAUGCAUUGUUGAAAGAUCACUUUUCUAGCACAGAAAUGUGAACAAAUUCUCAGUUUAAAUCUGGCAUUUGAGAGCAGGAAGCCUUGCAAAAUUAAAGCAUUUGACUUUGUGGAAGAACUGCAGAUAUAUUGCAGUUCACAUCUAGAGCUCCCUUCAGAAAACACCUCAGAGUUCUUCAAAUUUAGGGGGGCAGAAAACGUAUCUCCUGUUAAAAGAUUUGCCUGUCUAGAUCUCUUUAAAGAGGCAUUCCAUGAAGCAUCUGAAAAUCUUGACAAAUAUUUGUCAUUUGAGCAACCAGGUCUCAAUUUUCUCAAAGCCUGUAGGUUAUUCAAUCCUCAUGUUUAUAUCCUGCCAGAACACUGCGAAUACUUUCAAGCAAUAUCUAGUUUUUCUGAGGUACCUGAACAGGAGCUAAAAUUGUACAGGGGAAAGAUUGUGCCUGAAGCUAUUCAAAGUCAACCUAUUUUUGUAGACCUCCAAGUGUUUUGGCUUUCAAUGGCAGAGAGAAUUCCAAAUAUCGCCAAGCUGGCCUUGAAUUGCAUAAAUAUUGUCUCAAAUUCUGCAGAUGCAGAGCAAAGUUUUACACUGUACAAUUUGAUCCUUUCUAGCAGAAGGAAAUCACUCAGUGAGAAAAACUUGAAGACUCUUUGUUUUCUGUACUAUAAUUUAAAUGAAAAUACUGGAUUGCACUGAAAUGCAGGACAAUGAUUAGCAAAACUUUAUGACUUUCAUAUAUGAAAGUCUGAGCAAUUUAAAAUGACAUUCUACUCUUUGUUGUUGUUGCUGUUUGGUGUUCUGUAAUGUAAUUUAAAUGAAAAUCCAGAAUUAUAACUGGAAUGCAGGGUAUUAGUUACCAAGUGUUCAUAACUUAACUUUCAGGUGUUUAGAAAAUGCUGAGUAGUUAUUGUGACUUUUUUUCUGUAUUGUAGUUUAAAUAAAUUACUAAAACAAUUGAAA